AGGAGCUGGAGCCAAGCCGUGAAGGUCGCAGAGCUGCAGUGGGAGGCAACACUGGGUUUCACAAUGGCCUCCCUUGCUGCAGCAAAUGCAGAAUUUGGCUUCGACUUAUUCAGAGAAAUGGAUAACUGUCAAGGAAAUGGAAAUGUAUUCUUCUCUUCCUUGAGCCUCUUCACUGCCCUGACCCUAAUCCGUCUGGGUGCUCGAGGUGACUGUGCACAUCAGAUUGACAAGGCACUUUACUUUAACGCCCCCUCAAGGCAAGGAGACUGCUCUAACAACCAGUCAGGACUGCAGCAUCAAUUGAAAAGAGUUCUCACUGACAUAAACUCAUCCCAUAAGGAUUAUGAACUCAGCAUUGUCAAUGGACUUUUUGCAGAAAAAGUGUUUGACUUUCAUAAGAAUUACAUUGCUUGUGCUGAAAAGUUAUACAAUGCCAAAGUGGAAAGAGUUGACUUUACAAAUGAUAUAGAAGAAACCAGAUAUAAAAUUAAUAAAUGGAUUGAAAAUGAGACACAUGGAAAAAUCAAGAAGGUGUUAGGUGGCAGCAGCCUCAGUUCCUCGGCUGUCAUGGUGCUGGUGAAUGCUGUUUACUUCAAAGGCAAAUGGAAGUCCGCCUUCACCAAGAGCGAGACCCUCAAGUGCCGUUUCAGGUCUCCCACGUGUCCUGAAAAGGCAGUUGCUAUGAUGCAUCAAGAACGAAGGUUCAAUAUGUCUACAAUUCAGGACCCACCCAUGCAGGUUCUCGAGCUCCAAUAUCAUGGUGACAUAAGCAUGUAUAUCAUGCUGCCAAAGAAUGACCUAUCCCAAGUUGAAAGCAAACUGAGCUUUCGGAAUCUAAUGGAGUGGACCAAUAGGAGGAAAAUGAAAUCUCAGUAUGUGGAGGUGUUUCUUCCUCAGUUCAAGAUAGAGAAGAAUUAUGAGAUGAGAGGCCACUUGAAGCCCUUAGGGUUGCAGGACAUCUUUGAUGAGUCCAGAGCAGACCUCUCUGGAAUUGCUUCUGGAGGCCGUCUCUAUAUCUCAAAGCUAAUGCACAAGUCAUUCAUAGAGGUCACAGAGGAGGGCAGCGAGGCCACUGCUGCCACAGAAAAUGACAUUGUAGAAAAGCAGCUCCCUGAGUCCACAGUGUUUAGAGCUGAUCACCCCUUUCUGUUUGUCAUCAGGAAAAAUGGUAUCAUUUUAUUUACUGGUAAAGUCGCCUGUCCUUGAAAAUCCAAUUGGUUUCCCAAACAGUAAUAGGCAUAAAGAAGUGUCUUAAGUGGAUAGAAUUUUAAUUGGAAGUUCAUGGGUUCGUCUUAUUUUGUUUCACUUUUACUGAUGCUCAGCAAAUGUUAUUGGUGAUUUGACCCUUUUCAAAUACCUGGCUGAUAGUCUCAACCUCUGCCUUCAUCAUUUCUACUCAUAUUUACUUCCCUCUCUUAAAUUUUAUUGGCUUUCUACCCACAAUCUCCACUGCCAUUAUUUCCAAAGGCCCAUCUGGAACCAUAGGUCCUCCUCCAUUUGCACAGAGAAUGAUGAAGCUGCCUGGGAAGUCUUCUGUUUAAACUCUUCAAUUGUCAGGAUUAUCCCUGCUUCAUGAUAAAAUGAUCUGAGAAGUAAGCUCAGUAUAGGAUAACUCAUCCUUCUUGAUGAAGAAGACACUAGAAUUUGUUUUAGCAUACUCAACUUCUCGUCACUGUAUAAUCCAGAGGUUCAAAAAUGCAGAGUUGAGAUUGAUA